AUGGCGCGGUGCUUUGGGUAUCGGAGCCUCCUGCUGCUCUUCGUGACCUCUGCAGCUGCACUGCAGUAUCAUAGCCAUGAUGACUCGUUUCAGCCGGAUGCCGUCCUGCGCGUCACGAGGCAGGACGUCAGCGUUGGCGGCUUGGUCAGGUCGACGACGCUCGUCAACGGCAGCACGCCCGGCCCCGAGCUGCGGAUUCCUGAAGACGAGGCCGUGUGGAUCAGAGUCUACAAUGACAUGAAAGAUGAUAACCUCACCAUGCACUGGCACGGCCUCGCACAAGCCGCUGCUCCCUUCUCCGACGGGACGCCCCUCGCGAGUCAAUGGCCCAUCGCGCCGAUGCACUUCUUCGACUACGAGCUCAAGAGCCCAUCAGGCACGGCGGGGACGUACUACUACCAUUCGCAUGUCGGAUUCCAGGCCAGCACGGCCACGGGCGCGCUCAUCGUGGAGGACGACCCGAGCAAGCCCCCGCCGUACGCGUACGAUGAGGAGAGAGUCGUGUUUCUCCACGAGUACUGGAACAGGACGGACGAAGAGAUGGAGGCUGGCCUGGAAGCGACGCCUUUGAAAUGGUACUCGGAGCCCAACACGUGGCUCAUCAACGGCAAGGGGAUAAGCACAGCGAGCGGCGCCGACAAAGAGUCAAGAAGCCUUCACGUCAUCGACGUGCAGCCUGGAAAGACGUACAGGUUUCGGUUCAUUGCCGCAACGGCACUGUCGCUGGCGCUGUUUGGCUUUGAAGAGCAUAAUGACCUCAAGAUCAUUGCCGCGGAUGGGCACUAUACGAAGCCGCAUUCCGUCGAGCUGCUGCAGAUGGGCUCAGGCCAAAGACUAGACGCCCUGUUCGAGGCCAAGACGUGCGAGGAGCUCCGCAAACUCGACCGGCUGGACUAUUACAUGCAGCUCGAGAGCCGGGACCGAACCAGGGUGGUACGAACGUUUGCCAUCUUGCGAUAUGAGAACAACUGUGGCUUCCCAGAGCACGUGCCGCAACGGGUCCCCGAAACUGCAAACCCCGACAAGGCGCCCCUGACGCUCCCGCCCACGAUCAACGGUUACCUGGACUACGCGCUCCGGCCGCUAGAUAUGGAGGACUCGGAGACCAACCGGGCGCCGACAGCGGCAGAGGUCACACGCAGAGUCAUCCUCAAGGUGCAGCAGAUCCAGAAUCAGUACGCCAUCUGGCAGGUCAACAACGAGUCGUGGUCGGAGCACGCCGCCAGCCCGCUGCCGCACACGACCCCGCGGGAGCCGUACCUAGUGGCCCUGUACCGCAACCGGAGCGAGUACCUGCCCGACUACGACGCGGCAGUGGCCAACGGCGGGCUCGACGCGCGCACGCAGACGUACCCGGCGCGCCUGGGCGAGGUCAUCGAGGUGGUGUGGCAGCAUCUCGGCGCGCGGGACCUGCAGCAGAAUCGCAGCGGGGGAGCAGGCCGCUCAGGCACGCUGGACACGCACCCUCUGCAUGCGCACGGGGUGCACUACUGGGACAUGGGCGGCGGGGAUGGUGCGUGGGACGAGGCGACGGCGGAGGCGCGGCUGGCGGGCUCGGAGCCGGUGCGGCGGGACACGACAGUGCUGUACCGGUACGGGGAGAGUACGAAGACGGCGCCGCAGACAAAUACGACGACUGGGAGUGGCCGUGGAGGGAAAGACGAUGAUGAUGAUGAUGAUGAUGAUGAGGGAGGGGGCAACGGCUACAAAGAGGAGCUGCGCGGGUGGAGGGUGUGGAGGAUGCGCGUGGAGCAGGCCGGCGUGUGGAUGGUGCACUGCCAUACGCUGCAGCACAUGGUCAUGGGCAUGCAGACGGUGUGGGUGCAUGGCGAUGCGGAGGACCUGAUGCGCGUUGGGCGGGUGGACGUGGAGGGUUAUCUCGAGUAUGGGGGGGAUGUGUACGGGAACGCGAGCCACGCGCCCCGGGUGCUGCACUUUCACGAGAUGGAGUGA